CGGAUAUCACCGUGGAAAUUAUCCUUCUCCAACGUUUGGUCUGCGCACAGAACUUGAGCUCGGUAAAGGCCGAAAUUUCGUGAUGCCCGACAACUGCGCUGAGUGGCUUGGGAAGACCAAAACACCUCCUGCUAAUGUCAAAACCUCCGACUACGAGUGGCGUUUGAAAAAGUUCAGGAAGUGCUUCUCUCCGAAAAAGUUACGACGCUUUCUGCGCGACGUUACAAAAGGG